AUGAUAUUAAAUGGUUGUAUUAACCAUUACAACUUCUGUGAUAAAAGACCCUGUGUUAGAUGCCAUAGGGUAGGUAUUAAAAUCCUUCAGUAAAUUUGUGAAAAUAUUUGAACGUUACAAAAAGUCGAUGGCAAUCAUAUUUAAGUGUUGCAUGUUAUUGAGCAAGAAAAUUGAACUACCGGUACAUCCCUCUCUUAUGAUUAUUAGUUUAUGCCAAAAUAAACUUUUGCAGGUUGAAAUUCUGAUCCAACACCAUUUUGAAGAAACAAAUGGUACAUGUAGAUGUCACAAGUGCAAAGUGUGGUUGUGUGUGCUGACAUAUCAUACUGAGAUCUGCAAACUUAAAGGUUGCAUUGUUUGUGAAAAGUAUGUACAUUUUACUGCUUUUUUUGCCUUAAAUUUGACACCAUAGCAUAAUUUUUACCAUACCAUUGUUUUCAUGCUUGAAAAAAUUACUGUUUCAGAACACACUACCCUCCCCACUCCUGUAGAAAUGUUCUUACUACUUGUUCAUUCAUUAUUUUGCUUUCAGGGCCAAAGGCAUACCAAGCCAAGUUCCUGCAGCCCCUGUGAUUGUUCAUCAGACACCUAGUCUUGAUCCAGAUGACUUGAUUGUUUGGCGGGUAUGUGACUUCACUGCAGGGUUCGAAUUAACAGAUAGGGAAUCGCGAUUCGCUAUCCGUUUUUGGGAUUUCGCUACUCAUUUUGCUAUACAGUAAUAUAAAAAAAUCACUAUUUAACGUGAGAAGAUUUCACAUGUGAAAAAGUAAAACGGAUAACGUUGGAAGCGUUUGUUUUCAAACAAUUCUUUGUGUAUUUUGGGGCAAAUCAUUCUCUCAUUUGCGCUGAUAUUUCUGAAUAGACAACAGAAUUCUGUUGCGUUUCCUAAUGGCCUCAAGCUGUGUUUUGGUUUAAUGUUUUAAUAUGAUAGGCUGACAGUGUAAAAUUGUGUCAAAAUCCACUUAGGAAAGGUCAAAUGUCAUGUUACUUGUUCAUGCAACUAUAUAAUCAGAUUUGAAUUUCACAAUCACUUGGGUUUAAAACCCAAAUCAACUAACUCACUGUUCAAUAACUUUCUAGUUUAAUUCAUAAUGUGUCAGAAUAUGCGAUGUACGCAAGUUAAAUGUUUUGCUUCUGAGCUUUGCCAUAUUUACUUUAUGUACAGUAUUUUGUUUGUACUUUAAUUUGCUCUAACUUUGAAUAAAUGCCUUUUAAUCAAAAUCAAAAUGAUUCCAGAGCUCUAGACGAAAUUUUGAUCUAGACAAGAAGAACGAAACCAUUACAACAGCUGGAAAGAACAUCUUAGGAUGAGUAAAACUGCAAAGUUUGGUCGCGAAUUGUUGUAAAAUGAGGAAAAUAUAGACCUGUGAAGUUCGCAAAUUUUAUAUAUAUUCGCAUUACAUGCAGGAAAAAUAACCAUUUUUGAGCCAAAAGUGGUUAUUUUUACUGCGCGUACUGACAAAUAUAUACAAAAUCUGCGAACUUCACAGGGCUAUAUUUCUUCGUUUUACCGAACAUUUAGCCACCAAUCUGUGCAGUUUUACUCAUUCUAAGAUGCCUUUCCAGCUGUGCUGUUGGAUUUCGUGCUUCUUGCCUUGAUCAAAAUUUAGUUUAUAGCUAGAAUCACCCAUUAACUCUUUUAGAUUUUGCGCAAAUUUUUACGGGUGAUAAUUGGAAUUAUUUAAUUUUACAUAUUUCUCACUUUUCUGCAGGCCUUAAAAUAUCUUUUCCAGGGCCGUCCGACAAAAUGUCCGGUGACAUUGACUUUGGGUCGGACAUAUGUCCGAUGACCUUCAGUUCAUUUCUGACUCGGAAAUAAGUCUGAAUGACACAAAUGAAUAAACGGUAGGGUAAAUGUUGUAAAGAUAUUAAAAAAUUUGUUUCUUUCAUACUUAUUUCCAAGCCAAAAUUAACUUGCUUGCCAGAACAGCAGUAUCAAAAAGACUUCGACAACUUAAGCCCAUUUUCCACUUCACCAUUUCGCUUGCCGCCCCGCGCUCGACUACGUUAAAACAACAUUUCCAGUUGACCUUUUAUACAAUAGUACUCUGAUUUUCCAUUUAACAUAUAAGCCUGCCUCUAGUCCUGGCCUCCUGGACUAGGGUACUUUUUGAUUUACGUCGGACAAAGCUACAGUUCGGUCGGACACCAAUACACUCGGGUCGGACAAACAAUAAACCUCAGUUUCACUUUGGUCGGACAGAAUGUCCGGUGGUUUCUUUUCUACGUCGGACAAUUUCACGAAUGGGUCGGACAAUGUCCGUGACCGACCGAUAUUUUAAGGCCUGUUUUCUAUCUUGUUAAUCUUACACAACUACCAAAAAAAUAAAGACUACUUAAUUUAAUCUUUCUUAUUAUAACAUGUACAGCCUUUCUGGUUGAAGAUCGAAUGCUUAAUCCUUUUUUACUGUAUAUGCAACACAGUAAUCACUUAGUAGAAAUUCGCUAUUCACUUUUUAUUGCACAAGUCAAUGGGUAGAAAUUUGCUAUUCACUUUUAAAUAUUUAAUUCGAACCCUGCUUCACUGUCUAAUUAAUUGGAUUGUGCAUUCUAUCAAAUGAAGGAGUAUAAAAUAGUAUGAUGUUGCUGUUAACAUAGUGAUGGGGCAAACCUUUUACAUUUUUAGUGAACUUUUGGAAGAAAAAAUAUAGUACAUCGAAACAUACAUAUAUUUUCAGAAUUUGGAUACCAGGAAAAAAUUCCAAUCUCAAGCCCUACAGUAGAGUGGUUAAAAAGCCAACACAUCACCGUACACCAUAUAUAAUAUGGGUGCAUAAUUUACUAUUGUGAUCACAUCUUGACCACACCCACAACUGUUAUCAAUCAAUAUUUAUUUUGCUGAUUGCUCUAGAAUGAAAGUUUUCCAUGUGAUACCACUCAUUUUAAAGAAGACGAACACUAUGCAUUCUUGGAUGUCCUUGGCAAAGGUGGCCAUGGAGCUGUCCACAAUGUGGAAAUAUCUGAUGAUGUCAAGAAGAAAUAUUUUAACUUGUCGUGUAGAGAUUUUGUUGCAAAAAAGGUGACUAUUGAACUUAAUACCUUGCUGUUGGUUUUCAUUAUGGUAAAAGGUGGUGUUUCAUGCCUUGGUGUGAAAUAGAUAUUUUUAGCAGUAUCCAAGAGUGAUACCAUGCAGACUGGUAUCCAACUUUAAAGUUUACUAUAUCACAUUGAAUGGACAUGCAUAUAUACCUGCCAAGCCUCAAUCCUGUGAAAAUCCCUAUAUAUUUUCUAAUAAAGUUUCAAAAUUCAUGUUGUUUUCAAAAAUAGCAGCAUUGGAUAAAUCCUGUAGAUUUUAUGUAGAAAAGAAUUAUAUUAUUUUCUUCCUCUUAUAAAUGUAUGUUGAGUGAUAACACAAUACCGUCCCUUGCAACUAAGGAUGAAUGGUUGCAGAUAAAACAUUGUUUAUUCUAUCACAGAUGAAGUAUAUACCAGUGUAACUUAAUAGGACUUCGUGUCCUCAAAUUUCCCUAGAUGUACAAGUCAUGCUCACGCCAUGACACUUGCUAGCAAUAUGGCAUCCUGGAAAACACGAACGUUUGCAUAUUAUUGCAGCUUUUUUGCAUCGAAAUUUAUGGAUUAGACAAUCAAGAGCAUCAUUUGUUCAAUGUUCAAAGUUGUUAAAAGUAAUUAAAGUUGUGGAAAAGGUGUUGAAAGCAUUUUGAAAGCAAUGACUUAUUGCCAAAUGACGAAUUGUCACGCGAGCGACACUUGCUAGGAAGAUGGCGACCGUGGGACAACUUUUUUACUGAAGUUACACAUCUGUUCUUACCUAAUCUAUGAUUCUAUGUGUCGUUUAAUAAAAUUUUAAAUGACACGAGCCAACAGAUCACGACACUUUUAUAUAUAAAAAGGGCGUGUGAAUUAAACAAGUCACAUAUUAUUAGCACUGAUGAAGAUCCGGACUUACGGAUCGAAAGCUUUGCAGUAAUAAAUUUACGUGGUGUUUCCACAAACAAAACUAUUUUAUGUUUUAUCGCCAUGCAAUCAUACAAAGAACUUAUUGUCUAUUCUCAUGACAAAGUUCAAUAUUUGCGAUGAUGAUUUGAUUGUUUUAAUUCGCUCAGCCAAUCAGCUUGGAGCUGGUGGAACAUGAAUGAUUGGCUGAUCCGAUUAAAACCUGUGAAUUUAAGUGCUCUUGACAAACAUUGAAGAUUCUCACACGAAUUAGCCUGUGUACAGCUGUAAAUUCUCCUGUAGAACGGCAGAAUUAAGGCUGUACUCAGGCUACACACGUAUAGGCAAUGUUUUUAUCAACAACCAUUCAUCCAUAGUUGCAAGCGACGGUAGUACAAUAAUAAUAGCCCAUCUAUUGCGAACUCUUUGCCUUCAAUACACCCUUUCGAUAAUUACGUCACACAUACUUUUUGGUCUUGGAGCCUCGCUCUCAUUAGUAAAUUAUGCAAGGUGAUUGCCAAAUGAUUCAUGAGAGCGAGGCUCCCAGGCUAAAUGAUGUAAUUAUCGAAAAGGGUGUAUUACAGAACUACAACAUGGAAAGAAUUAAGAUCAGUUUCACUAUACACUAUUAUGCAGCAUUUGAACAGAUACUAGAUUAUCUGUUCAAAUGUUGAGUAUCACAGAGACAGAUUUUCGUUCGGGGGUGUGUGGAUAAAUAUCUGGGGGGUGCUGCUGCUUGCUUUGACCGGGGCAUGGUGGCAACGCCCGGAAAAGCCAAGGAAAAAGUUUAACAAAAUCUGUUUUCUGGGCCUGCAUGGCAAGAUCUGAGACCAUAAUAUUGGUAAUUUUACAAAUUUAGUAGUAAGAAUAAUCAAAUAUGAAACUAUCAAAUCAAAAUAUAUAUAAUUUGCGGGGGUGCAAAAACUUUUGGGGGCGGUGCCAAAUGCCUCUGGGGGUGCAAAUCAUUUCUGGGGUGUGUGCCCCCCCCCCCCCCCAAAAAAAAAAUCCAUGCCUGGAGUAUCAUCUGCUGCAUGACAGUGUGUAGUGAAACUCGCAGCUCACUUCAGCUUGUAUGUAUAAUGUAGGCCAUUUGUCACAUUGCAUUUACUGAAGCUGUGUCAAUAUAUUUAGACUGAUAAAGUAGAAGAUGAUGAAAAAUAUGUCUUUGAACAGACAUCAAAUCAUCCAAACUUUCUUGAGACCUACCUUGUUCUCCAGAAGAUGGAUCCGAAUGAUCGCCACUUUCGUAUCGUGAUGGAAAGAUGUGGUUAGUAUUUUGGGCUCAUCAACUGCACAUGUUUUCAGUUCUUGAGCUGAUCAGAGUUGUAAUAUUACAGGACAGCUCAGUUAUAUUAGUUGUUGAAUGUAAGAUCUUGGUGACACCAGAGUUGGGUGAUAUUUCAAAAUCAUAUGAUUAGUGUCUAGGAAAUUAUCAUGAUAUUUGAUAAUAUCGCAAUUAAUGCAAUAAAAACAAUGAUCAUAUAAAAGCUUUCAGUAAACCAAAUUUUUUUAAAACCACUGAGUAUUUUAACAAAAAUACAAAACAAGUGUAACUCCAAAGAUUGAUAAAAACAUCUGUGAGUCAAAAAUGAAAAUGAUAAAUAUACUAAGGUACCUGCAAAGUAGGGAUUGCUGCGGGCAUUAAGAGCAAAUAGAACUAAAUAGUACAUAUUAUAUAAAGCACAGUUAUUACUUGCAGCGAGCCAGCGAAUGGUGAGCACACACAUAUAGUUUACGGAAGCAUGUAUUGAACUAAGAAACCAAAACCUAAUCCGCUUGUCUGUUAGUGUAUGGAAUCGGGUGGACAAAACACGUGGAAUUGGGUGGAUGUGUACUGCGCACAACAACUGAGCAUGACCACAAGUCCACAAUGCAAUGCGCUAAAUAAAAUUUACUUCAAAAGUCCCUCUCUGCACAAUUCAAAUUACAAUAGAUUGCCGCUUCGCUCGCUCGCUUCAGGCUCGCUCGCUACGCAGCAAAAAAUGUUAUCGAUCUUUGGAGUUGCACUUGUUUUGUGUAAAUCUUUGAUUUUAAUGAAUAAAAACAUAUUUUAAAACAUAAACUUUAGUGAUUGACCUAUAAUCGGUAUCGGGACAAUAUUUGCCGUAUCGGUAGACAAUCAGAUUAUCGGAAUCGGUAGAAUUAUCUAUAUUUCCGAUUGUCCAAAACUGAUUGUUGAUAAAAUACGCACUUUAAAAAUUAUAUGCAUUGCACGUUGAUACACGUUGCGAUUUAACGCAAUAUGUUAAAUUAAUAUGUGAAGCAUGCCAUUUAUUAACGGUUUUAACAAUCUUUGGUUGCAGUAACAUGUUAAGGCCGUUAAGGCGGAUUUUCAUUCAGUGUAAAAUAUUGUGCGAUCGACUUUUUGCAAUCGCUUUCUUUUUAAAGUGCCUAUGACACGAAAUUUCACCCCAAAUGUUUAUGGUUGCAUUGUAAAGAUCACUUAAAAUGACUUAAUAAUUUCUUUUAUAGAAUUUUGGUAACUUGGUAACAAGAUAUUCAACUUUGUUUCAUGUGCAAUUAUCACCGGUGUGACGUCACAUCGCAUAAUGAGUUUAUAGAAAAGUAUAGUUUUCUUGACGAAUACGUAUCUAAAAACCUUGUCAUAACUGGUAAUUAACCCUCUGUCUUUGUUUGUAAAAAUAUUCUAUCAAGGUAAAAUAUUGCGCUUUCAAAAUGUCAUGUGAUGUGAUGUCACACCGGUGAUAUUUGCAUAUGAAGCAAAGUUGAAUAUCUUGCAAAGGAAGCAAGUUACCAAAAUUCUAUAAAAAAAAAUUAUUAAGUCAUUUUAAGUAUAUACAUAAGAACUUUAUUAAAAUAUGUCAAUUGUAUAGUUAAAAAAGAAAAUUAUCCAUAUAAAUAGUCCAUUAUAAAAGUAUCUAAAAAAUUUCUGCUGCAUUAGCAUUUACAUUAAAAUCAUCUAUGAAGUCAUUUGCGUUCUUAAAGGGCCUUCUAGAUCCCCUGACACAAGUGUUCACCGAUCUAUUAUAUAUAUAUUAUUAUUAAGUCAUUUUAAGCGAUCUUUGCAAUGCAAUCAUAAACAUUUGGGGUGAAAUUUCGUGUCAUAGGCACUUUAAAUACAAACAGUCAAGCCGAACAAAUCUCUUUAGCUGUAGAUGACUACACGGAUUUCAAAAGAAAGCGAUUGCAAAAAUUCGAUUGUGCGACAUUUUGCACUGAAUGAAAGUCCACUUUUGCGUUGGAAAUUAUCGUUAAGAAAUCGGCAUGAAUGUUCCCUAUGGCUAUCACUGGCAUACUUUAAUUUUUGUUCUUCCAUUUAUAGAGUUUUCGCUCAAUGACCAUCUUUCCAAGUUGGUCAAUGAUGGAAAACGAUUAGAAAUGGACGAGGCCAUAUUUUACUGGACUCAGAUAUUUGAUGCAUUGAAACAUCUUCAUCACCUCCACAUCCCGGUCAUUCACAAAGAUGUGAAGGCAGAAAACGUGUUGCUGUCUAUCAAGGACAAUCUAGUCCGGGUGAAAUUGGCUGACUACGACACUGUGAAGAGACUGCACCACGAGUUCACAAUGCCCGGCUUGAAUCCUAAGGGCACUCCUGGCUUAAUAGCUCCAGAGGUAUUGUACUGUAUGAUUUAACGAAAUUUGGCAACUACCAAAAAUACAACGUGUCGCACCAUGGAAAAUGCCACAGGUUACCCCAAUUACGGCGACCUCUUAAUAGACCUUUCCCCUUUUGAGUGAAAUUUUGAUCUAGACAAGUCUGGACAAAAAUUUCAUCACAGCUUGAAAGAGUAUCACAAAAUUGGCAAUAUUCCGAAGUUUCGGUGCGAAAUGUUGUAAAAUGCGGAUAAUAUAGCCUUGCGAAGUUUGCAAUUUUCAGUCAUUUUGUAUUACAAACGGGAAAUUGAUGCCCCAACACCCGAUUGGGCUGUCAAUUUCCCAUACGUAACACAAAACGACUGAAAAACGGCAAAUUUCGCAAGACUAUAUUAUCCGCAUUUUACAACAUUUCGCAACGAAACUUUGGAAUAUUACUAAUUUUGUGAUGCUCUUUCAAGCUGUGAUGAAAUUUUUGUCCAGGCAUAUCUAGAUCAAAAUUUCACUCAUAAGGGCAAAUCUAUUACAUUAGCGUAAAGCCCUGAUCAAACGAGAACGCAAGUCAUCGCAAGUUUUAAGUUGCACUUGCUUGCGCCUCGUUUGACCACCAACUUGCGUUGACUUGCGAAUGAUUUGAGCUGGUUCAAACUUCAUCGCAAGCUUUUUUAAAUUUGCGAGCACUUGCGAUACGUUUGAUCAGGAAGCGCAAGUUCAGACAAGUUUUUUGAGACCAGUUUCCAUAUAUAUCAAAGGAAACCAUACUCCCUAGUCCCCUGCUCUCUCAAGAUGUUAUAAAAAUGACCUUUUUCUGAUCUUCGCUUAAUCCAUUCUCUUGUUUUUCCACGUUUCAUGCAAGUAGAGAAAAUAACACAGUGAUGUUGGCAGCUUUCGCUUCAUUUUACAUGGCAUUUUCAAACGUUUUUACAUUCGUUUUAAAUGGGUUUAAAUGACGGCCAUACAAUUUUGCAACUUCGCAAAAUUACCCGGCACACGGGCCAAAUAUUGUAAAUUGUUGCGAUAACUUGCGUAUUGUUUGAUCGGUCCCAUCGCAAUUCAGGGCAAGUUUACUUGCGAUGACUUGCGUUCUCGUUUGAUCAGGGCUUAACGAACAGUCUAGUGUUACGUUUACCGUAACAAGAAAGACUUGAAAACAGAAGAGUCUUAUUUUUAAAUUAUUUAUUUAUAAAGGAAAACUAAAAAAACGAAGAAUCGGGAUAAUUUUUACUUAUCUGUUUAUUGACAAUGACCCAGCUUUGCUUUUCAGACUUUGUCCUUUCACACUUUUGUAGUAUAGCUAGUUCCCUUUAUUUAAGUCUUGUUAACUUUGCGACGACAAUAAGUCAAUAACUCCAGCAAUAUUAAAUUGGCCUUCUUGAAUAAUAGCGAACAUUAACUUCAACAAAUUAGCAGUUCUAAUCUUUUUCUAGCUUAUGCUUUCGCUGCUUUUAUACUAUCCCAAAGAUUGCUGCUUUUAUACUAUCCGAACAUUACAUAAAUACUAUUUUUAGAUAUUACAUAAACGAUAAAUGUAGUAAAAAUAUGACUCUGCACAUGACUCAGCAGCAUAAUGACGUAAUGUUCCGACGUGACUGACUUUACAAAAUGCUGUAACAACAUCUUAAAACACCAUCUAUUAAAGGACAGGCCUUUCUACAUUUAACACAUACAGUAUAAUAGUAUAUUCAUCAUUAGGCAAAAAAAAAAUAUGUGGAUGGAAAUAUAUUUCUUCUUAUAAAAACUUAGGUUAGGUCGGUUUUAAUUUUUUUUUAAACUUUUUUAAUUUUCCUAACAACCGGACACCAUUUUGUUUAGUCAGUGCUUCCACAUCCAAAGAUAUAUUUCCCUAAUAUUGCCUCAAAUUUCAAUUUUCCACAAACUUUUUCCUCUAAGUGGAAACACUUACAAACAUGAUCCAAUAAAAAAGUUUAGGGUCGGGAUUUCGACGUCCAAAAGCUAGGUAGGGUCGGGAAACCGGAAACCCACAUAUAUAUUUUUUGCCUUCUAAAGCCCAUUAAAACAACACACUCGAUAGUUUGCACUGUAUAUCUAAAACUUCUUUCGUUUCGUUACAGGUCCUGCGGCAAGUUUCACAUGGUCGUCCAGCAGAUGUGUGGAACAUGGGCAUGUUCUUGCUUCAAAUGUUGUUUCUGCGUGAUUUCAACCGACUUCAGGUAGGUGUUCAUUGCUACACAUGCAUCCUUUCACUUCUGUUUUUAUAGCUGUGAUGAACAUUAUGAUUAGAUGGGUUUCACAAUGCUUUUACCACGCAACAGAUGGUGGACAACUUAACCCAUUUAGUUGCUUUGUGCCCCCUAAUGCACCCUACUUUAUUAUUUUACUCUGUCCAACGCCAGACGAUUUUACUCGUCAAGGAAGAGCACUGGCGCUCAAUGGGUUAAACUACGUCUCUCAAUUCUAUUUACAAAUGAAAGACUACUCUGUAUAAUGAAAAUAAUUAAUUUCUCACUCUGAUAACUGCUGGUUGACCACCAAUAUAGGCAAUAGACGCUUCCGGAAAGUACAUCACUUUGGCUAUAGAGCCUUGUUUUCGUGAUUGAGAGGCUUGGAUUUAACUAUUGUCACAUACACAAAAACAAGGCUCGAUAGCCAAAUGACAUACUUUCUGGAAUGGUGUAUUGACAUUGUAAAGCAGAAUUUGUUUUCAUUUUUUAGCGCAAUAUACUCGCACUGAAGACGGUAAAAAAUAUGAACAAAUUUUUGUUCAUCCACUACACCGAACAGCUGAUAAAAAACUUUCUGAACGUAAGUAAAAGUGUAUGUCUGUAUUGUAGCUGCGUGGCUCAGUGGUGCGAACACUGCACCGGAAUCACAGAGCAAGGGUGCCAAUUCCAUACUAGUUUGCAUGGUUGCACCUACAAAUUUUUUUCCAAUAUUGCUUAUUUGUAUGCAAUUUUAAUUUUGUUUGUGAUGAAAGUUAUUCUAUACAUUGAUUUAUUUUGUGCAUUCUAGGAAAAAAUACCUGAACUCAAACAGAUGGACAAAAAACUCGCAGACCUCAUCCAAUCCUGUUUAGAUGUAAGUAAAACAAUGAUUUUUGACCGAUAAAAAAUGGUCGUAAUAACUUAAAUUUUGCAAUGUUCUGUCAUGAAAAGGUUUUAAAAUUUGAUGUUCUGUUAUAUUUCAGGAGGAUCCGUCGAAACGCCCCACCGCAAUAGAGGUUUUGCAACACCCAGCGGUCACUGAAUAUACCAGGAGGGGAAUAAAUAUGAACGAAUUGAUCCGAAAUUUAAACGCAUAAACUAUACUUCCCCAUUUGCAGCAACAAAAUGGUGGAAAUAUAGUAGGGUUACAAAGUGAAUGUAACAAAUAUAACAAGUUACAAACACAACACCCCCCCCCCCAAAAAAAAAACAAACAUUGAUAAUAUAUGUAAUAACACUUAGUAACACGAUCUAGUGAAAAGCAACCUUUUUCUUUUUGUAAGUAGUUAAAGUACCAGUAGAACGUCCAGACAUGGAAAAAGGUGGGAUCUCGGGAUCCUGAGGAACAUUUGCCUUAGCAACAAGAUUGAGGAACAUUUUGAAUUUUUCACGCGCACUUUCAGGGAGAAUUUUAAGGAAACAUAUUUAGUUAUAUGCCAUUUGAGUCGAUUUUGAGAUUGCGAAGUGUUCUUCAUAUCCUGUUAAAGGAUAUUUUUUUGUUUUGUUUCCUCAGCAAUUUUACAACCAAUAUAAUUGAGGAACAUUUGAAAAAGGCAAAUUCAGGAUCCGAGGAACAUUGAACACUUUUUCCAGGUCUGAGACCAGUAGAACGUCUAAAUAUGCACAAUUAAUUUAGCUGUUAAGAUUAUUUGUAAACAGGGUUCGUAGCGUGGCUUAAACCAUUGAGCUUUAUUAUUUUUCACUCUAACACCAGAAUGGGUUAAGAUAAAAAAUUGAAACAUCGCUUUUUCGUACGAUUCAGACUUCUCAAAGAAUGUCUAUUUUCGUUUGUGGAAAACACCACGUAUACUGUAUUGUCUAUUGCAAAGCUUUCCGUCCGUAAGCUUGGAUCUUCAUUUGUUCUAAAAUUAUGAUCUGUUUUAAUUCACAAGCCCAUUUAUAUAUACACUGAUAUCGAAGGAACUAGACUCAGUUCCGAAAUAUCGUCAACUCGAACCGACCUGACCGCGUAGCUCAGUUGGCAGAGCAUUGGACUAGUAUCCCAAAGGUCGUAGGUUCGAUUCCAACCGUGGCCAGGCAUAUUUUGCAAGCUUUCCCGGUGUGGAUAUACACUCAGAGUAACAUCACAAACAUCGUAUUCACUUGAGUACAUAACACCAACACAGAAAAAAUCAUAUUACUAGAUUAACUGAUAUCGAAGGAACCUAGACUCAGUUCCGAAAUAUUACAUACUCGAACCGACCAGACCACGUAGCUCAGUUGGCAGAGCAUUGGGCUAGUAUUCCAAAGGUCGUAGGUUCGAUUCCAACCGUGGCCAGGCAUAUUUUACAAGCUUUCCCGGUGUGGAUAUACACUCAGAGUAACAUCACAAACAUCAUAUUCACCUGAGUACAUUACACCAACACACACAAAUAUCCCUUUAUAUGUUAAAAUGUUGUGAUUUGUUUGGUUGCGUCAUUUGAAGGUAUAUUUAAAGACUGCUACGAACCCUUUAAACUUACUGUACUAGAGGUGUGCAUCGGAUCGGAUUGCAUGUUUAUAAUCCGACAAAAUGUUAGUCAAAAUGUUAGUUAAAAAACUAUUUAACAUAGAUAUGCAAAAAAGGAUUAAAUACUUUUGAAGUUAAAUUAUGUUGACUCGGUCCAAUUUAUUUCGUUAUUAGAG